GGAAUAUAAAUUUAAUGUUGACAUAUAUUGUGAUUAAUUGAAUGGGGGAAAACGUCGUGAAUUGCUGAAAAAAAUAACAAGAUAAGGCGAAUGUAUUUAAACAAGUGGUUUGACCGUUAACAUGAGACAAGUGGUGAACGAUUGUUGAGAAGUGGUCAGGAGAAGAUUCUACAGUGGUCAGAAUGCGGUCUCUGUUAGUGGUAGUCCUAAUUGGACUGGUGGCUGGAGUUUCGUGUGGUGAAAAAGCCCGUUUUGAUAACUAUCGCGUAUAUUCAGUGCCCAUUCACAAUGAGGAUCAAUUACGGUUGCUCCAGGAGAUCGAUGAAAAUCCAAAUGGGUUCGAAUUGUGGGAUUACCCAAGUGCCACAGGAACCGUGAUUCAAGUGAUGGUGCCACCCCAUAAGAGAGCAGAUUUUGCUGAAUUAACUGCCAAUUGGGCCGACGUUCACUUGGACAUUGAAAAUCUUCAAGAGAAAUUCGAUGAGGAACAACCAAAAGUUAUGCCCAGAUCAUUCGGUUGGAACUCCUAUCACACCCUUGCUGAGAUAUACGAAUGGUUAGAUGUUAUGGCAUAUAGCCAUUCAUCUGUAGCCACUACCAUUGUUGGUGGAGUGAGUCACGAAGGACGGCAAAUUAAGGGUUUGAAGAUUUCACAUAAAUCAGGAAAUCCGGGUGUCUUUAUUGAAGCUGGUAUUCAUGCUCGAGAAUGGAUUGCCGAUGCCACAGCAACAUUCAUCAUCAAUGAGCUUCUCACUUCAACUAAUUCUGAAAUCCAAGAUAUUGCCCAAAACUACGAUUGGUACAUCUUCCCUGUUGUGAACCCCGAUGGGUAUGAGUACAGUCACACCACAAAUCGCAACUGGAGAAAAACUAGAAAGCCAUCCUCAUCCGUGUGCUACGGUGCUGAUGCUAAUCGCAAUUGGGGAUACAAUUGGAUGCAGGGUGGAGCCAGCAAUAAUCCCUGCUCAGACACCUUUGCCGGAUCUGCUGCCUUUUCUGAGGUGGAAACCCGUACUCUAGCUGACUACUAUUCAUCGCUCUCUGGAAUUUCCACCUAUAUCUCCUUCCAUUCUUACGGUCAGAUGCUUCUCGUGCCUUUCGGCCACACCAGGGAACCUCUGGGCAAUUACCACGAUCUGGUGGCAAUUGCCAGUCAAGCCGUGAACAGGCUCUCGCAGCGCUUCGGAACGAGAUACACGUACGGAAAUAUUGCUGAAACCAUUUACAUUGCUUCGGGCGGAAGUAUCGAUUGGAUAAAGGGUGCCAGAGGUACAGGACUCGUCUACUGUUAUGAAUUGCGUGAUACAGGACGAUAUGGAUUUACACUGCCCGCAAACCAAAUUGUUCCUACGGGUCAAGAGACUUUGGAUUCCAUUGUUGUUAUUCUACGUGAAGGAGCCAACAUGGGUUACCAUUGAUCACUUCUAUGGCAUCGAACUCAGAAGAGCAACUCCUUGUCCUAUAAAUAACAAUUCUUUUGGAAAUAAAGCAUGAUGAUAUUUUUAUAUCAA